AUGUUUAUUUCGCUACUUUUCACAGCUGCCGUGGUAACGGCUGCGCCGUCUAGCUCUGCGGUCAGUGUGAGUAAGACUGUGCCUAAGGACGCAGCUUCAGGAAUUCUGGCUCCAUUUGUCUCAUUUUCGAUUGAGUUUUCUUCUUUCCCAGACUUUGCAGGAAACAAAUCCAAGCCGAAUCGAUUUUCCAAUCAGCUGCUGGACAACCUGGCUGACCUACAAGGUGUGAAGCCAUAUAUCCGAGUCGGGGGCAAUACCCAGGACUUCGCUUUAUAUGAUCCAAAUCUCAAGACCCAGAUCAAUGGCACCGUGGUUCCCUCCGUGUCUUCUGACUAUCCAUACAUCAUCUCUAUCGGCCCGUCCUAUUUUGAGGCCUACAAUACUUGGCCAGGUGCAAAGUUCAGUCAUGGAUUCAAUCUCGGAAAGAAGACGACUGCGGCCAUGAAUACCCUGAUAUCAACUGUUCCACUGGCAUGCAAAGCCCUUAGUAAUGGCAACUUUGCCCACUGGGAGAUGGGCAACGAGCCCGAUUUGUUUACUGGCCAAGUUCGUCCGGCAAAUUGGACAGAGCAGGACUAUGUUGAUGAAUGGUUAUCGAAGACACGCAUAGUUCAGCGCCAAUUGUCCAAGGCCUGCCCUGACAUGGCCCAUGGAGAGUACUACAAGUAUCUUGCCCCAUCCUUUGCAGGUCCUUCGAAUCGUUUAAACCCCGUCAAGACUUGGCAGGAUGGCCUGAAUUCUGAUAAUGAUGUUGGGAUGAACUCCAUGCACAACUACAUGGGCGGUGCAGACUCUCCUGGAGUUACGCUUGCGCAUACCCUCAUGAACCAUACCGCAGUCAUCAAAAGUGUUGCAAAUCACGUCGCCGUGAUAAACAAUUUAGAGGAAAACAAUUUAGCUAAAGGAGUUCCUUAUAUCCUAGGUGAAAUGAACUCCCUCUAUCACCAGGGCAAGCCGGGUCUGUCCAACUCAUUUGGUGCCGCUCUUUGGGGUGUCGACUUCAAUCUCUACUGUGCCUCUCAAAAUAUUCGUCGCACCCACAUGCAUCAGGGAACGGACUAUCGCUACGCAUCGUGGCAACCUAUUGAAACCAACAAGACAUCAAUGGGUACAAAGGCACCAUACUACGGAAAUGCCAUGGUGGCCGCUAUGCUGAACGGCGGUAAAGGCGAGCACAACUCCAACGUUCAAGUGGUCAACCUACCCAUGACUCAAGAAACAGACGCUGCCUAUGCAACGUAUGUCAAUGGAAGGCUGGCCCGCAUCGCGGUGAUCAAUAUGCAGGAGUACAAUUACACGGGUACAGACGCAGCCUCGGCCUCCCGACCAUCCGCCACUUACCAGUUCCAUCUGUCCGAGACCCCGAGCAAGUCCCUAUCUGUGCAGCGGCUGCUGGCAAAUGGAACCGAUGCUAUCACGGGUAUUACCUGGGACGGCUGGUCAUAUAACUAUGAAUUGAAGGGUGGCAACCCUGUUCGGUUGUCGAAUGUCACGAUUGGUCAGACUGUGCAUGUGAAUUCCAAGGGCUUGGUGGAACUGGAGUUGCCGUACUCGAGUGCUGCUAUCUUGAACCUUUAG